GGGUGGGUGAAAAGGAAGCCUAUGCCGUCAUCUCUGUGCGACACGAGGCAGGCGAAGAGUGGGAGACACGCAAUCCCCUACGCGACCAAUAGCGUUUGUUUUCAUGGGCUGUCAUGGCCUCCGCGGAAGGAGAGGUACGCUUGAAUCCGCCCCAGGAUCCCGCUCCGCCGAGGGAUUCCUUCGAAGAACCGGUCGGAGAGGUCUUGAGAGGUUCCCUGCGUUCGCUGCUUCGGUUGAUUGGGCAGUUUAACCUUGAGGAAGAUGUGGUGAAAAUUAACAUAAACUGGGAGAAAUUUCAAGGCAUGUCACCACCCCAGCCUAAAUUGCUCUUUACUGCUCUUCAGCAGCAUAUUUCCUCUUUACAGCUUUUUGUGGAAAAACUUCAGCCUUUGAUUAAAGAAGAAAAUACUUCGCCCAUGUAUAAUUUUAGUAAGACAGAAUAUGGACAUUUUGAAAGUAGUUCAGAUGUAAUAGAUAAAGAUCUACAGAAGGAAAUGAAACCUACAGCCAGUGGCUCUGCAUAUCUGAAAGAAGGUCCUUUUGGUUUUGACCCAGAAAUAGUUCAAAUAAAAGCCGGGAAAGCUGAAAUUGAAAGACGAAUAUCCGCCUUCAUUGAAAGGAAACAAGCUGAGAUCAAUGAAAACAAUGUCAGAGAAUUUUGCAAUGUUAUGGAUUGUAAUCAAGAAAACAGCUGUGCUAGAACUGACGCAGUGUUUACACCUUAUCCAGGUUUCAAAAGUCAUGUGAAGGUUUCUCGAGUUAUAAAUACUUAUGGACCUCAGACUAGAAAUGAAGAUGCCCAGGUUUCCAACCAUAAUGCCAACACUCAUUCUCAUGAUUGUGGAAAUCAAGCAGUAGAAGAGAGGCUACAGAACAUCGAAGCACAUUUAAGGUUACAAACAGGUGGACCGGUGCCCAAAGAUAUUUAUCAGAGGAUAAAAAAGCUUGAAGAUAAAAUUCUUGAAUUGGAAGGGAUGUCUCCUGAAUAUUUUCAGUCUGUGAAUUUGUCUAUGAAAAAAAGAAAAAUUCAACAAAAUCAACAGAACUAUACUCUGACUGAACUUGAUGAGAAGAUCAAUGCACUCAAACAAACAUUGCUGAGAAAAACAACUGAAGGGAGGCCCAAAGUGGUGGACCUGAUUGAGGGAAAUGAGUUUGAUCCCAAAACAUCUUUGAAGGACUAAUGUUGCAGUUACCACCUUCAAACGUCUAUGAAAACUACCGUACUUUCAUUAGGAUCUGCCAUGUAAAAUGUGUUCUUUUCUUCAACAAUUGAUUUACAGUGAGGGGCACCGACACAUCUUGCCAUCUCCAAAAUGUGCCUUUUAUUCUUGCAGAUUUCAGUGAAAUGAAGCAGGCCAUAUAUCAGUGGCCUGUAACUAAUACGUUCAGGUAUGUCACAAUUUGUAAGUGUAAAAAAUGGUUGUAAGUCACUUUUCAGUGCCAUUGUAACUUUGAAUGGUAACUAAAUGAACUGUUGUAAGUUGAGGACUAGCUGUAUAUGGUUGUAGUUGAAGAGAAUUUUAAAAUUCCAAUUAAUUUGAAAUACAAGCAAAUGGUUUAAAUAAGCCUGGGUUUUAGGAUAAUGUUAAAUCUCUGUUUAUCAAGCAUACUGAUGCAUGUUAUCAGUUAGGAUCAAAUUAUCAAAAGGAAUACUGAAUUCUGCUUAUCUGGCCAGUAAACUAAAAUCUGUAAAACAGCUGCUACUUUGAGUACUAUAACCUUUGGAGGAACAGUCGAUUUUUGUAAAGGAGCUAAUUUACACAUAGGGCUACCCCAGUCAUGGAAUGUUGUCCCAAAGGAGCUAUGAAAGUUUCCAUUGGCUUGUAUUCUCUCUCAAUUAAAUAAUGCUACUGUUUCUUUGGAAGUUUUGAUAUUGUCUAAUGCAGUUCAGUGUAACCGAAAUACAUUAUAAAGCACUAAAUAAAAAUAUUGAAGAACAAAACUGAAGAGAGAAAAAAAGAGAAAGCAAAAUAUUACACAGAUGUGACAGGUUUUAAUAGAAUUCAGAGAAAGCACACAGUGAUAGUGAUUAAUCAUAGUUGACUCUGAGCCAAUCAGCUAAUGUAUUUCAAAUUUUAAGUGCUAAUUUGGACAAUAAAUUUGGAAGAAAGAAGAAAGUGAAAUGUGCAGUCUGCGAGGGGAUCGGAGUGAAAGAUGUCUCAACUCAUCAGAUUUUUUUUAAUGUCUUUUGCUUGAUCUUCUAGGUGGUCAUGAGUGACUAACAUAUUCUGUGGCUCCCUUAAUAUAUAGAAAAUAUGUCGAAUUUUGUAUUUGGAUCAAAAACUCCCAUAUCAUCCAUGCUCUAUUACUGAAGAUGAUGGAUAUAUAUGAAAAUUACAUUUCUCAAAACGUAAUUGAAUUCUCAGUAGUAGAUCCACCUAUAUACAUUGCCAUUAAAGCUUUUGUCUAAUAGCAAGAGAUCCUACAAAGAGCCAUCUAAAAGGUUUAGCAUUACUCUUUUUAUUCUUCAGUGUAAAUUCAAGCAAUUGUAACAUAUAUUGAGCAAUAAUUUUUUAACACAAAGGGAUUCUGCCUAGCAUGAUUUAAGAAAUACACCUCCUCCGCACUUCAUAUUUCAAACCAGUUUUGUCUAUGUCAUAAUCUCACGGGCCUGUGAAUUAGAUCCUGUGAAUUAUAACUGGAGUGUAUUAGAAUGUUCUUCAUUUUACACACAAUAGUAGCACCCUUUAUUUGAAUCUAUACAAGUGAUUCAAUGCUUGUAAAAUCAGUAUCCAAGGGAAGAGGAUAAUUAUUCUUGCCCUCUUCAAGUGUGUGUGCUUUGAUGCCUGAGAAUGGAAGGGGUGAUUCUCAUCUAUAUUAACAGAAUAGGAAGAACACUAGAAUUUCACAGCCUGAACUACAGGAUAGAACAUUUUACAAAGGAGUAAAGUCUGCUUUCUUCCAUGUAUUUCAGUUAUCUGUGUGUACAGCUUCAAAGAGCCACUAGUACUGGUUUGGUUAUUAUGAUGUCUAUUUUUAUAAUGUCUUUCAUUCCGAAUAGAAUAACUGUCAAUAACCCUAUAUAAAUCUGUCUGGUUUGUAUUCUUGUUCUUUGUUUAUUUUGUAAAUUGCCCACAAUAAUGGUAGAUCAGGAUUUCAUAUGCAAAUAAAUAAAUGACCACAUUGUCUCAUUUUGUAAAAGCCAUUUGAAAUUGUAACAAUUUGUGCUGUUUAAAAAUAGUAUUUUUUAAAAUCCUAUUUGAAUACUGAAGUAUUCCCAAUGGGUAAUCUAACAUAUUGAUUGGUCUUAGUGUUGUUGUCUAAUUCUGGAAUAUCUGCUUUGCAGUCAGUCCUUCAGGGAAAGGAGUGGUUCAUCUCUAGGAGACUAAUUUUCUAUAGCUGAGUGCAGGAUUUUAAUAAAUAAACCCAAAAGUGAAGUGCCUAUUUGAACAGCCCUCAUAUCAGCAGGAAAUAUGAGUGGCUUGGGAAAUUUGAACCAUUCAGUAUUCUGUCUAACAUUGUUAAGAACAGUAAUAGAUUUUUUUUUCCUCAAUAAACAUAAGUGAUCUCUUUGUUUGAUUUUAAUUAAGGAACUGUACUACCACUGAGUAGUUUUCACUCCUAAAUGCUAAGCAAAUAAUUUAGAAUAAAAACCUAAGAGGUAAGCAGAUUUUUAAAUGAAUAAAUAAAAUUAUGCUUGUCAAAGAGAGAACACACAGACACAAAGCUCCCACUGAACCAACCCUACCAUUAGUCAGAGGGAGCCAAUUCUUAAGUAGCACAUGCAGCACGAAGGGGUCAUAUAAUAAAAAGCUUUUUAUUGGGUAGAAUUAGGGUUGCUAGAUGUGGGCUGCAAAAAUCUAGACAACCAGUAGAUGGCAGCAAACAUUUCUGCUCCCAUCUAGAGAUCAUGUGGAAUAUUAGAGUCCAGGUGUAGUUAGGCCUAAAGAAUGGUGAGUGUGACUGAGCCUGACCUAAACAAUUCUAAGUAUAUGCAUCUUCAAGUAUGGGACAAGUUGAUUUUUCUCUUUUGUUGAUUUUAAUUAAAAUGACGUUUCUGAAUAAGGGAGAUUUCAAAUUGUUAUACAUCAUCACUAUGGGUAUAAACAUGUCAGUUUUGAGGGAAGAUGCAGUCAACACAUUUCUAAAAAAUGAUGUGUUCAUAUAGCAGAUGAUAAUAUAAAACAAAA